AGCUGGUGCUGAGCCAGGCUUCCUCUGAGGAGAGGAAGGUUACCCUCGCCUGCAUCCUCAGAGUGGCCUUGACCUGUUGGAAUAUUGGAAAUUUUAACGGUGCCAUGGAAAUCGUCGCAGGAUUAAAGUCUCACAAACUGAAGUCAUUCUGGUUGAGCAUAUCAGAGGAACCGCUGCCAACCCUGGACUUCCUCUCAGCUGCCUUACUAUCUGCGGAGUACGAACGAGCCCUGGGACGAGCUCUUAUGAUGCCUGAAUGCAGACUGAUACCCUUCUUCGGUGCUUUUCUCAGAGAACUCAGAGAGAUCCUCUCAGCCACUCCAUCCUUAACGAGUCACUCAGUUGCCGCUACUCCGACCCACAGAAGAGAUUUCAAACGCGAGUCCACUAAGGACGAAAGAUCAUCGACAAAAAGGGAUGCGAGGCGGGAUUCCAAACGAGAUCAGUCCAGUCCUUUAAGAGAGAGUUCCAAACGGGAAUCGAGAUAUAGCGAGCCGAGCCGACAAGUGUACAUAGCUUCAUUUGAUGAAGAGGGGGAGCAGUUCCGACGAGUGGGUCCCGAGGGUCUGGUGAACUUGGAGAAGGUUUAUCGAACCCAGGCAGUCAUGGACCACAUCGCCAGCUUCCACCAGCACAGAUAUAGCCUAGCCAGGACCACAGCGCCGCUGUUUGGAGAUUAUUUAAGAACAGCUAUAGCAUCGUGCGAGGAACCGGUGUUCGUCCAACCAGCACAAAAGACCACGGGUACCGACUUCGAGAACGAGGCCUUAUACGAGCUGGAGGGCGGGGGAUACACGCCAGUACAACCCUUGCCCCAUGAUCAUGGAGUGACCAUGUUCCCUCUAGCGCCACAGAAUGGGGAAAGAAUGGAUAGGCACGUGUUACAGAUAAUGCAGCAUGGUACUGCAUGUGUGGUGGGAGAGGCUGAGUGGAGUGGAGCCCUGGCGCAUCUACGACUGGAGCGAUCGUGUGCUCUGCUGACUUGGAGCCGAACAGCUCACAGACCCCACUCCUAUCAUGGUGAUGCUGUGUCAGAAAAUGUUCAACAACCAGAAAUUAGUCUUUCAUACAAUCCCGAGGAAGUUAUACCUCUGAAAUACUCAGGUAACUUGGCACAUGAAAACGAAGCUGGCGUCGUUGGAGACGAAGGCUUCGUGGAUCUACAGUGCGUGAAGGAUCUUCGUCUCUGCGGUAAACUGCUCGAGCCGCGUGACGUCUUCGAAUUGUGCGCAAACGCGCGGCGACACGGUCUGGAGACUGGCCAGAGACCGCACAUCAUAUCUCUAGUCUAUGGAAAGACAUUAAGCGACAAUCGGACGGUGCAUUUUCUGCUGCCGCCGUAUUCGUUUCGGGUCUGGGCUGUGGGACUCCACGCUGUCGUCAAAGCUCUAAUCAGUCAGACGAAACUUGCCGACAGAAGUCUCGCGUGGUUGAAAAACAAAUACACAGCUCUGUAUUACGAAGAUGGGUGCUGUUGUGAACCACUCGUCUCUGAUGCUAUACGGGUGUUCGGCGGUCGAGAGUCAGUUGGAGGCAGUUCCUCUCAAUCAACACCAGUGAGAUACACAGAAUCCCACACGGACUCUAGCAGAAGUAGUGGCAUCAAGUUCAAGAAGAAUAAAUCUACGUCAGAGCUUAAAAGCUCUCCAAAAAGCAGCGGUUCACAUCCCUCAGGAACGAGAAGUGAGGACGAAGUACAGCCGUCACCAAGACACAGUUCGUACUCAGCUGCUUCAAGCGCUCGGCACAGCAGUCUCACAGCUAGUUUUAUAUCAAACUCACCAAAUAGGAGCAGUUUAAGAAGACUGGAGACUAGUGAAAGGUUUUGGGAGAAUCUCAAGCACCUACGGACUGGUUCUGUCGGAUAUGACACACAACUAGACUUCAUGGACUUUGUUUCUUUAUUUAGAAGUUUUAGUCUAGUGAUGAGAUCCGAGCUUCGGGAGGUGUUCUCACAGCUGGCUGUACCGCGAUCUCGUGGAGCACUCCUGGCGGAGAAGAGCAGAAGUUCUCCAGAGCUGUUCAGCAGAGGAGGAGUGAGGAGUGGUUUGUUGACCAGGAAUGGAUCUUUGGACCUGGAGCCGCCGAGUGAUAAAGUUGGGAGAAAGAAAGCCUUCGAUAUUCUAGCAGCUGCAGCAUUACCAGGGGCCAGUCCAGAUGUGAGUGACAGGGUCUUGACUUUACCCACUUUAGGAAAAUUCUGUGAAACCAGACAAAACGAACCGAAGACUGAACAAAAAUUAAAGGAUAUUAUUUAUAGACACGAACCAGACCCUGCCUUACGAUCAGAAAACUGCUUGUCUUUCGAAGGAUUCGUCAGAUUCCUAACAGAUAAAGACAAUUACGCCUUCGUACCUGAACAAAUGAGAGCGAACAAUUUGUCUGGCAAAGAAACUGAAGAAGAGGCAGAAUCCAAGGACAUGACGGGUCCUCUCAGCGAGUACUACAUCGCAAGCAGCCACAAUACCUACCUCACUGGACACCAGCUGAAAGGAGAAUCGUCCGUGGAAUUAUACAGUCAGGUUCUUUUAACCGGAUGUCGCUGUGUGGAGCUCGACUGUUGGGAUGGUGAUGAUGGUAAUCCUGUCAUAUACCACGGACACACGUUCACCACCAAGAUACCGUUUAGGAAAGUGGUAGAAACCAUUGCAAGAAGUGCCUUCGUGACGUCUCCGUACCCCCUCAUCUUGAGCAUCGAGAAUCACUGCAGCUUGCCGCAGCAACAGGUCAUGGCGAGCACGUUUGAGGCAGUGUUCGGAGAGCAACUGGUUACGUCGUUUCUGUUCGAAAUCGAUUACACAGACGAGCCGCGUCUGCCGAGCCCAGAACAACUUAAAUAUAAGGUACUAAUAAAAAACAAGAAGAUGCUACCAGUAGAGUCGAGUCCGACUGUGGGAAUAACCGGGGCUAGUUCAGCUCAAGGCUAUAGCGGAGUUUUAUCUACGGCGUUUAGAGCUAACGGGAUCCGACACACGAGUUCCUCGCUACCAGACGCCAGUAACAGAACCAGCUCGAUCAUGUCCAACCAGUCAGCGGGGUCCUCGCUCACGGAGUACUUCUCUGACGAAGACUAUGACGAAGAUGAUGAAAUUGAUGAGAAAGAACUGCAUAAGAUUCUGAACUCGUUCGAAGAUAAAGUGGGUAGGACGUCUCUCUCGCUCUACCAGAGCUUCCGUAGGGGGGAGGGAGAGGGAGAGAACGCCGCAAUGAAACACGCAGCCAACAGAAAAAGAAGUAAUCAGAUAGCGAGAGAAUUAAGCGACAUGGUCACAUAUGUUCAGGCAAUAAAAUUUCGCGGUUUGACCCCGUUGUCUCCGCGGAGUUCAGUCCGAGCUGCUCCCAAGGAACCGUCUGCAGCUUGCAGCUUCGAAUCUUCGGAGAGCAGUGACAGCGCUCAGAGCAACAUGGCCCACCAGCGCGGUCGUUGUCUCAACACGCCAGCCAUUCAUCACCCCUGCUACCGCUGUUCCUCCGUCAACGAAGCCAUAGCCAAGAAAAUUUGCAGGAAACAUCCUCUGGCCCUGAUAGCUCACACUGAAACCCAGCUCGUCAGGACCUAUCCCGCCGGCCUAAGGAUAGAUUCCUCGAACUUUGACCCCGUGACCUUCUGGUCUUGUGGCGUCCAGCUCGUGGCUCUCAACUAUCAGACGGAGGACGCCGCGAUGGCUGUGAACGCAGCCAUGUUUGAGACCAACGGCUGCGUUGGCUACGUCAGAAAACCAAAAGUAAUGUGGGAUUCUUCGCAUAUAGCAUACCGACGAUUCAAUCCAAUGGACAAAGAAUUUGAUGGUAUCCACGCAGCGCAUUUGACCCUGGCCGUCAUUUCCGGUCAAUACGUUGCUGAGAAUGUUUACUCGUUUUACAACGCGUACGUUGAGGUGGAGAUCCUCGGUGUGCCGGCUGACUGCAAGAAAAUCAAGACGAGGGUAGCCAGACGAAACGCCCUCAAUCCGAUAUGGAAUGAAAAUUUUAAUUUCAAGGUUAACUUUCCUGAAUUGGCGUUUGUGCGUUUCGAAGUUUACGACGCCGAUACCAACUAUAUGUUGUCUCAGAGGGUAAUUCCGCUGCAGUGUCUACGGCCCGGCUACAGGCACGUAAGAUUGCGCUCCCCAACCAACCAGCCUCUGAACAUGGCGUCGCUUCUCAUCUUCUCUCGCGUGUCUGAAGAAGCGGCCGGUGAGUGUGCGCGGUCAGACGCUGAACCCGGCUCUCCCGCUCUUAGAAGGAAGAUACAUUUCGUGGUCGUCCACGCGGUGGUGCUCCACGAACCUUACUCCAUAUUGAAGGUCACUCAAGAUACCACCACAAACGAGGCAAUAGCCCAAUGCCUAUCGAAAGCGGGGGUCUGCAAAUCUGCCAGGGGGAACUACGUGUUAGUAGAGGAGGUACCAUCGAGAACUCCUACACAGAGGGUCCUAGCUCCUCACGAGAGGGUCUUGAAGACUACCUCCAGACCUGGAGCCAAACUGCUCCUUAAGAGAGUUGGUGAUGAUCCCAGCAGCAGGGCGUGGCUAACUAGCAUCAGGUCCGCGUCAACAGAUCGUCCUCGAGACACCGUACCCUCGGACGAAGAGUCCCAGGAGCAGCGCAAACCAGACAGCUUCCUCGUCUGCAUCCACAACGUCUGCCAUGAGAUACCGUAUGCCAUACUAAAGGUACCCUUAAGUGCAACCGCCUCCUACGUCAUCUAUCAAGCUUUAACGAAGGCGCGAUGUCACGAUGAUCCUAAAAGAUUCGUACUUGUCGAAGAGCUGGAAUGGGGUGGGCGGGCUGGAGCGGGCGCACAACAACGUGCUCUGGCCGAUGAUGAAGUGGUCUACGCCGCACAGGCCAGUUGGAAGACCUUGGGCAGAUUCGUGCUGCAAGAACGAGGCAGCACUGCACCCCUCCCUCGACACCGCGCCUGCAUACAGAGGAUACAAAGAGGACUGAGUAUCACUAGGGGAGCCAUUACUGGAGCCGGUGGAUUUCCUCUCGGAGGUAUAAUGUCCAGUGAGAAUGUGAGCGAAGGUAAAACGCCAGUUCAGACAGCGUACAGCGACCCCACGCAUUGCAGGAGGGUUUCGUCAACUCCACUGGGCAAGGGCAUAGGAAGGGCAAAAGGUCACUCGGACAAGGACAUCCGGUCAUAUAAUCAAAGGCGUUCUAGAGACGUGGAGCCAGAAGGUGAGCCGGGCGGUGUGAGCGGGGCGGGGGCCUCGUUGGGGGCGGAAGCCCUGGCGGCGCAGGUCGCUCGCUUCAAGAGGGUCUCGCUGAGGAAACUAAGGGCUUGGCGCUCCUGAGUGUGGCAGGUCUUCCGCCGGCUCGGCACGAGCCUGGCGAACCACAGGGCUUCUCUCUCUUCAGAACUCGGCUCGCUGUGGGAUUUCUUUAGGAUUGAUCGCGAAAGACGUCGAUCCACUCCACACUCUAUUGACCCC